AUGUCUGAAGAACUUAGUAAGGUAUGGAUUGCCAAUGAUCUGACUGCUGAACAGAGGAGUGAAUUGAAAAGUUUGAUUGCUAAUGCAAAGACAAGAGAAGCUGCAUGUACGGGAGGUUUUUUAUACAGGGUCAGAGGACCUGUGGGAAAGUGGCGGAUCGUGAGUUUCAAAAAAUUACAUGUGUUAAAGACUUUUGAGGCAUUAGCCAUUAAAUUAAAAAUAAAUGGAACUCAUAUUGUUUUAUUGGCUGUUUAUAGACCAGGAUCGGCUUUAAUUUCAUCUCUAUUCUUUCAGGAGCUUGUUAGAGAUAAUAUCCUUGCUUAG